GCUGGCCAGAGAAGUUCCUAGCCUUUGUCAGGCCCGGGAUGGGAGGCUCCCGCUCUGUAGGACGGAGGCAGGCUCCACCGUGAGAGACAGAGAGAGAGAGCGACCUGAUUCUGACUGAGACAUUUCCGCAGAGCCCCCAGAGGAAAGACAGGAAGGAACACCCGAGGCUCCCGGGACUUCUGACUGCUCUGUCCACUGAGGUGUGCCUUGGGUGAAAAGCAGAAAUCUUCAGGACAUGGAGGAGGUGGUGAUCAUGGAGACAGAUUUGGCCGAAAUGCCUGAGAAAAAAGCCAUGUCUUCCCAGGACUCCCCCCUCUGCCAAGAGAAGAACACAGAUGAGGAAGAAGUGGCAGCUAUGUGCCUCACAGCCAGAUCACAGGAGAAAGUGACAUUCAAGGAUGUGGCCAUGGACUUCACUCCAGAGGAGUGGGGGAAGCUGGAUCCUAAACAAAGGGAUAUGAUGCUGGAGAACUAUAGGAACCUGGUCUCACUUUGGCUUCCAGUUUCCAAACCUGAGAAUUACAAUUUGGACAGUGGAAAAGAACCAUUAAAGCUUGAGAGAAAAACUCCCAAAUGCAGCUAUUCAGAUGUGGAGACUUUACCUGAGAGCAAAGAUUCAUCUUCAGUUCAAGAUUUUUCCAAAGAUGAAUCACACCCAAUUGCAAUAAUAGACAGACUGGCAAGAAAUAGUGUCUAUGACUCCAACUUGGAAACAGCUCUUGAAUGUGAAAACUGGUUAGAAAAUCAGCAAGAAAACCAGGAGAAACACUUGAGAGAAAUGUUUACCCACAUGAAUUCACUUCCUGAAGACGAAGAUCGUGAGCGUGAUAUAUAUUGGAAAACCUUUGGUCAGAAGUCUGUUCUUAUCACUCAAGACAGAGUUCCCAAAGGAUCUUAUGCCUUUCACUCACUUGGGAAAAGAUUGAAACAGAAAUCAAAUUUAAUGAAAAAACAGAGAACCUAUAAAGAGAAAAAACCUCAUAAAUGUAAUGACUGUGGUGAACUUUUCACUUACCAUUCAGUGCUUAUUCGACACCAGAGAGUUCAUACUGGAGAGAAACCCUAUACUUGUAAUGAUUGUGGGAAAUCUUUUAGCCACAGAGCUAAUUUAACUAAACACCAGAGAACUCAUACUAGAAUUCUCUUUGCGUGUAGUGAAUGCAAGAAAACCUUCACGGAAAGCUCAUCCCUUGCAAUACACCAGAGAAUUCACAUCGGAGAGAGACCUUAUGAAUGCAGUGAAUGUGGGAAAGGUUUUAACCGAAGUACACAUCUUGUGCAGCAUCAGUUGAUUCAUACUGGAGUGAAACCUUAUGAAUGUAAUGAAUGUGAUAAAGCUUUUAUUCAUUCAUCAGCACUCAUUAAACAUCAAAGAACUCACACUGGAGAGAAGCCCUAUAGAUGCCUAGAAUGUGGCAAAGCCUUUAGCCAUUGUUCAUCCCUUACUAAGCAUCAGAGAGUUCAUACGGGAGAGAAGCCAUAUGAGUGUAGUGAAUGUGGGAAAACUUUUAGUCAGAGCACACACCUUGUUCAGCAUCAGAGAAUUCAUACUGGAGAAAAACCCUAUGAGUGUCAAGAAUGUGGGAAGACCUUUAGCCGGAGCUCAAAUUUUGCUAAACAUCAAAGAAUUCAUAUUGGAAAGAAACCCUAUAAAUGUAGUGAAUGUGGAAAAGCCUUCAUUCAUUCAUCAGCUCUUAUUCAACACCAAAGAACUCACACGGGAGAGAAACCCUUUAGAUGUAAUGAAUGUGGGAAAAGCUUUAAGUGUAGUUCAUCCCGCUUCAGACAUCAAAGAACUCACAUAGAAGAGAAACCCUGAAAAAUUACUGAAUGGGAAGAAAUGAUUCCAGUCAAGAAGAGAAUUGAAGCAACUGUGAGGCCCCAGGGCAUAAUUUCCUG